GCCAGUGGUAUUGCAAUCGUGGUGGGUGGAAUCGGCUGUACGCUCCACUGAGCAUACAGCUGAAUUGUCUUAUAGAUCUCAUCUCCUUCAAACCCCAAGAGCUAACAGCAGAAAAGUGGCUUCAAGCCUAGUCAUGGAGAGCGCAGCUACUCUGCUUGGCAUCCAUCCUCAGAGACUAUUCUCUUCUCUUCCCCGUACUUUGAAGAGACAUAUCGCCAUCUCUACUUCAUAUCCAUCCUUCCUUUUCCUCCCCCUCUUAACCUCCUCUUUCUCCGGCAGAGGCACUUCCUUCCUCCCAAAGGCGGAGCCAUCGGAAGGAUUAGACAGUCCUAACUCCACGGAUCUCUAUUCCGCCUCUGCACCGCCUUCUCCUCCUCCGUCAAAGAAGCCCAAUAGCAGCGGAGCGGGGUUUGGCGCUGCUGUUGAUGAGAAGAAGAAGGGAAAGAGAAAGGGUAGGAGCGCAGUGAUUAGGCGGAUUCCAAUAGAGAAGUCUUCUAUAUUUUCCCCUACAGGCGAUGAAAUCCGUUCCUCGCAAGAGCAGCAGGGUGCCAAUGAGGGCGCCUUCCUUGUUGCUUGGUUAGGCCUUGGCGGCCUCAUCCUAAUCGAAGGCAUUGCGCUCGCGGCUUCAGGCUUCUUACCGGAGCAAUGGGAUAAAUUUUUUACUAAGUAUCUGUAUCCUUCAUUUACUCCAACGGUUGCUGUCUUUGUGGGUGGCACAGUUGUUUAUGGUGUUUACAAGUAUCUGCAAGCUGAAAAGAUGAAGGGUUGAGUUUGCUCAAUAUGCCCAGGUUUCUUUCCUGCCUACUAAUCUCUAUUCUAUGGAAAUAUUAGGAAAUCUAACUAGUGUUUGGAUGGCUUGAACCAUUGAAGGGAUCCAAUACUUGUAAGUAUAAGCUUAUCUUGAUUGGUAACCAUUUUAUUCUCUGCAGAAUGGGUUGACAUCCAUGAAUGAAAAUAUGGGACUAUUUGACUAAAAUUUUGGUCGAAAUGAAGAUGCUUGUGUUAUGCUGUGAUGAAUUCUUGUCUUAAUUACUUUUGUAAAUAUGGUGUGAGUUUAGGAUCUUAAGGGACGUUAUUAUCAUCCUCAGCUUUUCAAACUAUUUGGGAAAGUCCUUAUGAAUACUUAUUUUUAUUUUUAUUUUUUCUAUUGAUUGUUGCGUAAGAUAUUAAAUCUAUUCCACACGAGAGAUUUUGAAUGA